CAGGGGCGGGGCGGGGAGCCAGGCAUAACAGCCGGGGACAGCCGUCACGCCACGCAGCAGCGACGCCUCUCCCUUCCUCCCGUCGCCUGAGUAGCCUCGUGCCGGGAGGGACGACGACUCCACCACGCCAACCAGACCAACCUAUCUCCCUGUGUCCGCGGCAAAAUAAAUCCCCGACCCCGACGCGCCACCCGCAAAUCUCUCGCCCUCCCUCUCCCGCCGACGCCGCUGCCUCCUCCUCCUCCUGCCUCGCUCGCCGCCGCCCCCGGUCCGAUGGCUCCCGCAGCCGGGGGGCCCUCGCCUCGUCGGCGCUUCGCGGUCGCCUUCCUCGCCCUCUCACUCUUCCUCGCGCCGGCGGCAGCGAGGCCCGACAAGGAGACGCGGGAGAAGUUCUACGGGAACCUAGUGACCAACGGCACGCGCAACGCCUCCGGGGAGGGCAGCAUCGCCGAAAUGUUCGGCCGCGUGCUCGACAAGGAGUUCUCCGACAGCGACACACCUGACGCUCCUGACAAGAGUAGUUUCAACAACAGCAUAUCAGAUCAUCAAGCUGUUCUGGAGACUGUAGCUGUUAUUUCACAUGACAAGAAGAAGAAUGAUUCACAGCAGCCAAAUUCCCCAAAACCUUUCCAAAUAGGUGAUAUGUUCGGAGGUCAGGACGAGAAUUCUGAUGACAUGGAAACUGUGAUAGAUAAAGAGGAUAAUGUUUUUGUGAUGUCGAAUCGUAAAACAAAGUACCCGGCACUUCAAUUAGAUUUACGAUUGAUUAAAGAUCUGGUGGUUAUAAUUGUUUCAGCUACUGGUGGUGGUAUCAUGUUCUCUUGUAUGGGGCAGCCGGUUAUUGUUGGCUACCUACUUGCUGGUUCUCUUGUUGGACCUGGUGGGUUGAACUUGAUCAGCGAAAUGGUGCAGGUGGAGACUUUUGCACAAUUUGGUGUAGUGUUUCUUCUUUUUGCUCUUGGUCUUGAGUUUUCACUGACUAAGUUGAAAGUGGUUGGCCCUGUUGCUGUACUUGGUGGUCUGCUUCAGAUUGCUUUGUUCAUGUUCUUGUGUGGCCUAACUGCAGCGUUGUGUGGUGCUAAAUCAUCUGAAGGAGUGUUUGUUGGUGCCUUCUUGUCAAUGUCAUCUACUGCAGUGGUUUCCAAGUUUUUAGUGGAAAAAGGUAGUACAAACACGCUUCAUGGUCAAGUAACAAUUGGAACACUUAUACUUCAGGAUUGUGCAGUUGGCCUGCUGUUUGCUCUCCUUCCUGUUCUCGGUGGUGCAAGUGGCAUUUUUGGAGGAGUGAUGUCAAUGGUGAAACUGUUGCUUGUGCUGUCCAUAUUUAUUGCUGUUACAUAUAUGAUGACUUGGUCGGUUGUUCCUCGAUUCUUGAAACUGAUGGUUCAGUUAUCUUCACAGACAAAUGAACUUUAUCAGUUGGCCGCCGUCGCUUUUUGCUUGCUGCUAGCCUGGUGCAGUGAUUAUUCUGGAUUGAGUCUUGAACUGGGGUCAUUUCUUGCUGGCGUUAUGAUAUCCACCACAGAUUUUGCUCAUCAUACUUUGGAGCAGGUGGAAGCAAUUCGCAACUUAUUUGCAGCACUCUUCCUUGCAAGCAUUGGAAUGCUCAUACAUAUUAAGUUCUUGUGGAAUCAUGUUGACAUAUUACUUGCAGCUGUUAUACUGGUUAUAAUAGUUAAGAGUAUAGUUGUAACAGUUGUCAUAAAGGCAUUUGGAUACAGCAUCAGAACAGCUUUUGUUGUUGGGCUAUCCUUAGCUCAGAUAGGAGAGUUUGCUUUUGUGCUCUUGAGCCGUGCCUCCCAUCUUCAUCUUGUUGGGGGGAAAAUGUAUCUGCUAUUACUGGGAACAACUGCCCUUAGCUUAGUAACGACUCCUCUCAUUUUCAAAUUAAUUCCUGUGGUAAUGCACCUUGGCAUCCUUAUGCGUUGGUUCCCCAUGGAAAACAGUAUGCAGAAUGAGCUGCCUUUACAGGAUAAAGCAACCAUGCUUGAAGCUCACAACCGAUCACUUUAACAUUGCGUAGCUUGGACAUUCUUUUGACUGACGGUGAUUAAUUUGUGCGUUGAUUCUUUGAGCAUGCCGUGGACAAAUUUUAGAAACAAUUACACCAAUUCCUUUUGCGGCAAUAUGGAAACAUGAAGUGAUGGCCAGGAUUAAUUGAUUCAAAAUUUGAGUUGUACAUACUGUACAUGUCAAGGUAGCAUACAAGGGAGUUGUUCAUACAAGGCGUUGGGCCUUGGUUUUGUAUCAUUCGUGCCAACUCAAUUUAGGAAGCUAGAUGAAAUAGGGAUUUUUGGUAUAUUGUGCUCAAAUGUACUGUUUCCUCAUCAGAAGAUGGUGGGAAAAUUGUAUGUUAUGUAUCUGCUCUGCUCGUCUUGACUAUCGACACAUCCAGCUUGUCAU